GAUUGAAACUCCUGGACCGGCAGGAGAGAUUUAAUUUGAGCCAUCAACCUUGUUAUUAGAAUCUUAAAACGAGGCAUCAUAGAAGAAAGAAAAGAAACUGAGAUGAGCACUGACAAUGAUUGUGGAUUCUUGUGGAUUUUUGUCACAGUGGACCGGUUUUGAAGCAGCAAGUGAUAAGAAGCAUUGAAUGAGGCUUGGCCAUGGCUGUCCAUCGAAUCAUCAGCACAACGAGCAGCAAUCAUGUCCUCCCUCGCUGCAAGUCUGAGGGGAUGCUUGUGGAUCUCGGCGAGGGGACCCCAGCUGGCCUCCCACAACUCGAUGAAAUGUUCUCUUCAGUGCCUUCUCCCAGUGCCUUCAGACUGGACACAUCUGCCUCCUAUGGGGCUGCACAGGAAGUGGUCGCCAUCAAAGAUUAUUUGCCCAGAAGUUUAAGCACGCUGAAAUUCUCCAAAGGAGAUCAGCUCUUUGUUCUGGACACAUCAGGCGGCGAGUGGUGGUACGCACACAAUAACAGAGAGAUGGGAUACAUCCCUGCUGCUUAUGUCACAGUGCUCAACUUCAGAAAUGGUUCGCUCAGUGACAGUGGAAUGAUUGGCAGUCUUGGAGAGGAAGAAGGGAUGCUGAAGGAUUUUGAAGCGUUAGGAGAGUGGACAGGGGUGACUUUUAAACCCUCGCCAACUAACAACAAGCAUCCAUUUUCUGAUAACGCCAUCAUCCAUCCAUUAGAUUGGAAUUACAGAGAAGCAAGUGUCACAAACUCUGCUGAUCUGAUUCUUUUAGACACUCUUGCACGUCCAAGCAACUCCAACUUUGUCACCAAUAAUAGCAGUCAUCCCAACCAAGCAAUGCAACACCUCCACAGGGACAAUACUUUUUCAAGGAGUAAACGUUCACAGAGUCUCUCCCAACUUUCGGUUCUACAAGGACAAUCUAAUCCAAACAUACCUUCCUCUUGUUUCUUCACGGGCCUGAAAGCACCUUUGCCAGAGGAGUUUCAGAGCCGUGAGGACUUCCGAACAGCAUGGCUCAACCACCGAAAGCUGGCCAGGUCGUGUCAUGACCUGCAAUCGCUGGGCCAGAAUCCAGGGUGGGGUCAGACCCAACCGAUUGAGACCAGCAUUGUGUGCCGGUUGGGGAGCAGCGGAGGUGUUGUUGAGCUGCCUGACACCCAUAUCACCAUGCACAUUCCUGAAGGUCACAUUUGUCAGGGUGACCAGCAGCAGGUCUCCAUGAGCGCCUUACUGGAUCUUCCCUUGGAACUCAACAACGACCGUUGCUCCACUGUCAGCCCGGUGGUGGAGAUCAAACUCAGCAACAUGGAGAUCAGGUCUUUCGUCACUUUGGAGAUUAAAGUAUCUGUCACGUUAAAGGAGGACGGUGGGCACUCUGCCAAGAUACUUUGUGUUAGGAGUGACUGCAAAGAUGGGCCUUACAAGCCCAUUCCGGGUUGUUACAUUUAUAAUGACAUGGUCCAAGUACGUCUGGACAGUCUUGAGCCAUGCAUGUAUGUGGCGAUUGUGGUUCAGUCUCUGUACAUCAGUCGCUGCAUGACCGUGUGGGAUCACAUGCAGAGAAAGGUAACACUUGGUGUUUAUGGACCCAAGCACAUCCAUCCUUCCUUUAAAACAGUCGUGGCCAUGUUUGGUCAUGACUGCGCCCCGAAGAGCUUAGUGGUGAGCGAGGUUGGUCGCUUAGCUUGCUCUAACCCUCCAGUCACCCUCCACUUGUGGGGGAAGCAACAUUUUCCCCUGGGGUUUCCCCAAGACCUCCAGGUGGGGUUGUACCCCAACGUAACCAACUAUCAGGUAAAAGCCUGCGACGGGGCUGGGGUCAUCCGGGGAUUACAACUUAAACGAGGCAAAGUCAGCCGGCUCAUCUAUAUGGUGUCAUCACAUGACCCCAACGCCAUCUCAUACUUCACUCUCAGGAUCCAAGUCAAGGACACACUGGACUGCAUAAUCACCCAGUUCUGCAUCCAAACGCCACAACCGCCACCACAGUAUGGAAUAAAGCCGACAGGCCAGAGGAGGUUCUUGAAAAAAAGAGAGAUGGACAAGAUCACCCUGUCACCACUGGCUGUCACUUCAAAAUACCCCAAAUUUCAGGAUCGCUGCAUUACCAGCCUCAAAUUUGGCAAGCUGAUUAAAACGGUAAUACGGCAGCACAAGAGCAACUACUUACUGGAGUACAAGAAGGGCGAUGUGAUCGCCCUGCUUAGCGAGGAAAAAAUUAAGCUAAGGGGGCAGUUGCGCACAAAAGAGUGGUACAUUGGAUACUAUCAGGGGAAGAUGGGACUUGUCCACGCCAAAAACGUUUUGGUUUUGGGAAAGGUCAAGCCCAUUCAUUGGUGUGGGCCAGACCUGACAACAAUGAUGCUGUUGGAGCAAAUCCUCAAACCUUGCAAAUUUCUUACAUACAUCUAUGCCACUGUGAGGACAGUCCUGAUGGAGAAUGUGGGAAACUGGAGGGCGUUUGCUGAUGCACUGGGCUAUGGGAACUUGUCACUUCAUUACUUCUGUCGGACCGAGCUGGACAAUGAGCCGGAGAAGGUAGCAUGUGUUCUGGAGAAACUCAAAGAGGAGUGCACCAAUGUGGAGAACCAAGUGAGGAAGUCGUUUCAGCGGGAGCUGAUGAUGGCUUUGCUCAAGAUGGACUGCCAGGGUCUUGUCGCCAGAUUGGUACUGGACUUUGUCCUGCUGACCACGGCAGUAGAGGUGGCAUCCCGUUGGAGGGAACUUGCAGAAAAACUGGCCCGAGUGUCCAGACAGCAGAUGGAGGAUUACGAGGCACCGCAUCGUGAUAAAAGCGGCGUGCUGGACAGUGAGUCCAUGUGGAAACCAGCCUAUGACUUCCUGUUGACGUGGGCAGCACACGUCGGGGACAGCUAUCGCGAUGUCAUCCAGGAGCUCCACGUGGGUCUGGACAAGAUGAGGAACCCCAUCACCAAGAGAUGGAAGCACCUGACUGGCACGCUCAUCCUGGUCAACUGCCUCGACAUCCUCCAAAGUGCAGCCUUCUGUCCCACCGGCUAUGGCGACUUUGCUGUCUGAUUUACCGUGAUUACUACUGACACAAACAGAAAAAUGCUAAAAUGCAAGGACCAUUUUGAAAUUCUUCAGCUAAAAGUUGUCAAACACGCUCAAACCAACCCAUCAAGCAAUAAACAAAGUGUCCCAAAAGUCACGACACACAUCCUUUUUUUCCAAUUUGGUUUCAGGUAUCGUUCUGACACAUGUGAGGCCAGCAGCAUUUGACAUCUUUUUAGUAAGCACGUUGUUCCCUUGCCCAGGGCUCGACAGUUCACAUUGGAGUCGUGUUGUAAAAUUGAUGCAAGAUAUUUUUCUGUCCCCAAAUGUCAAACAUAAUAUUUAUUUUAAUAUACUUUGUUCUUCAAUUUUUCUUUUUUUUCCACAAGUCUUGGUCUAACUUGGGCCUCAGGUAUCGUAUUUUGUGCCAUGUCAUGUGCAAAUGUGUGUUGGUAUGGCAAAAAAAAUUGCUUGACUCAUUGAUGGCCUCAUAUCUGCCCCCCCAAAAAUACCUGAUAAGAAAUAGGAAAAAGGGAAGCGUAAAGUGACUUUUGGGACACUGCUACAUCACAACUUUGUGUUAAAGGUGAUAAAUAGUUUAGGCUUUUAGGGUAGCCUCUGGUCCUGUAUCCCACUAGAGUAGCUCAGGCCAAGCAUUCAGCAGAAACCAAAUCACAUCUCUAUUCCAAGCCCCAAAGGAAUAAGAAGCUACGUAAAAUAGUUUCCUCUUGUGUACUGCAUGGCAUGAAUAUCAUUGGUGUUUGUAUGUCACCAAACUGUUAUUGCUUUUAAAUCUAAACUGAGUUUUUGAGACAAAUUCAACAAUAUGCUUGUGUUUUUCAGAAUGUUUUUGUAAAAUUCUGUGCUGAAUAUAUAACUGUAGUUUGUGUUUAUUGCUGCCUCUUCUCCAGGACUUUUUUGAUUUUUUUUUUUUUUAUAAUCUCA